GGGCCGAGCACGAGCGCGUGCGCGUGCUCGCCCCGCGGAGCCCCGCCCGGCCCACCCGCUGCUCUGGUCUCGCGCCGCCGCCGUGCCAUGGAGCUACCCGGUAGCCUGUGCAAGAAGGCGAAGCUGGGUCACGGCUCGCAGAGUUGGGGGAUGCAGAGAGCGACCAAUGUCACGUACCAAGCCCACCACGUGAGCAGGAACAAGAGAGGGCAGGUGGUGGGCACGCGAGGCGGCUUCCGGGGAUGCACAGUGUGGCUGACAGGCCUGUCAGGGGCAGGGAAGACCACGGUGAGCAUGGCCCUGGAGGAGCACCUGGUCUGCCAUGGCAUCCCGUGCUACACCCUGGAUGGUGACAACAUUCGCCAGGGGCUCAACAAGAACCUGGGCUUCAGCCCCGAGGACCGGGAGGAGAAUGUGCGACGCAUCGCUGAGGUUGCCAAGCUGUUCGCGGAUGCAGGCUUGGUCUGCAUCACCAGCUUCAUCUCGCCUUACACCCAGGACCGUAACAAUGCCCGGCAGAUCCACGAGGGGGCCAGCUUGCCAUUUUUUGAAGUGUUUGUCGACGCUCCUUUGCACGUUUGUGAGCAGAGGGAUGUCAAAGGGCUCUACAAGAAGGCACGAGCUGGAGAAAUUAAAGGCUUCACUGGGAUUGAUUCAGAGUACGAGAAGCCAGAAGCCCCGGAGCUGGUGCUGAAGACAGAUUCCUGUGAUGUGAACGACUGCGUCCAGCAAGUCGUGGAGCUGCUGCAGGAGCGGGACAUUGUUCCUGUGGACGCCUCUUAUGAGGUGAAAGAACUUUAUGUGCCGGAAAACAAACUACACUUGGCGAAAACCGAUGCGGAGUCGUUGCCAGUGCUGCAGAUUAACAAGGUGGACAUGCAGUGGGUCCAGGUGCUGGCAGAGGGCUGGGCCACCCCGCUGGGGGGCUUCAUGAGGGAGCGCGAGUACCUUCAGUGCCUUCACUUCGACUGUCUCCUGGACGGCGGUGUCAUUAACUUGUCUGUGCCCAUCGUCCUGACGGCCACGCAAGAGGACAAGGAGCGGCUGGAUGGCUGCACCGCGUUUGCGCUGAUGUACGAGGGACGACGCGUGGCCAUUCUUCGCAACCCGGAAUUUUUCGAGCACCGGAAGGAGGAGCGCUGUGCCCGGCAGUGGGGAACCACCUGCAAGAGCCAUCCGUACAUCAAGAUGGUUAUGGAGCAGGGAGACUGGCUGAUCGGAGGGGAUCUUCAGGUCCUGGACCGGAUCUACUGGAACGAUGGGCUUGAUCAGUAUCGGCUCACUCCUGCUGAGCUCAAGCAGAAGUUUAAAGACAUGAACGCUGAUGCCGUCUUUGCAUUCCAGCUGCGCAACCCAGUGCACAAUGGCCAUGCGCUGCUGAUGCAGGACACGCACAGGCAGCUGCUAGAACGUGGCUACCGGCGGCCCGUGCUCCUGCUGCACCCCCUUGGUGGCUGGACCAAGGACGAUGAUGUCCCGCUGAUGUGGCGCAUGAAGCAGCAUGCUGCAGUGCUGGAGGAGGGCAUCCUGAACCCCGAGUCCACUGUGGUGGCCAUCUUCCCCUCCCCUAUGAUGUACGCUGGACCAACCGAGGUCCAGUGGCACUGCAGAGCGCGGAUGGUGGCAGGGGCCAAUUUUUACAUCGUCGGCCGAGACCCAGCUGGCAUGCCACAUCCAGAGACGGGAAAGGACCUCUACGAGCCCACCCAUGGGGCCAAGGUGCUGACCAUGGCCCCUGGCCUCAUCACCUUGGAAAUUGUGCCCUUCCGAGUGGCGGCGUACAACAAAAGGAAGAAGCGGAUGGACUACUAUGACGCAGAGCACCACGAGGACUUCGAGUUCAUCUCGGGCACGCGCAUGCGCAGGUUGGCGCGCGAAGGCCAGCGGCCGCCCGAGGGCUUCAUGGCGCCCACCGCCUGGGCGGUGCUGGCCGACUACUACCGCGCGCUGGAGAAGGCGUGAGCCGCCGGCCGGCCGGGACGGUGCCAGCGGAUGCGGUGCCAGCGGACACUGCGCCAGAGGACAGGACGGAGGACGGAGGAGGAGCACGCCCGCCCGACGGGACCAGCGCGCUCCCCGCUCAGCCCCCACCGCCUUGGUCGGUCGCCCGCAGCUUUUAAUGUCUCUUUACACUCCUUGUACUACUCACUGUUCCUGCCCCCGAUUUUCCAGCCUUGUCUUUUUUAUAUCGUAUUUAUCCUUCUGUCUCAUAGCCUCUGCAAGCUCUUAGAUGAGUUGUAACCAUAAAACACAGCCGCACUUUUUCCUACCUUAAAGAAAAAAAAGGAAAAUUACUAAACAACACAUGUGGCUAGACCUUGUCUUGGAAAAUUUGCAGGACAGUGAGAUGUUUUUUUUCCUACAUGAUCGUGUAAACCGCUUCCUCUCUUCCUUCUAAUUCGCUAUUGAUCUUUUAAUUGUUAUAAUCUAAAACAUUCCUAGGAACUGGAUAAGCUCUAAACAGACUUCUUUGUUCAAUAAACUUACUUUUUUUCUUU